CAUCUUUUUUCCCCUCUGAAAAUGAGAAUUAUGGGUACUUUUAUAGCUUACCAUAAAGUGUACAACCAAGAAGAUGGUGUGUUCACUUUAGCAGACUUGUGGUGAAGCAGUGUAGUUAUUUAUCCAGCUGAAUGUAAUCUUUUUGGGAGGCAAAUAGCUCCUUUGGUGCCUGAGGAAGCUGCUGUGAUUACUGCUGCUGUGACGUGUAGGAGCUAUCAGUCUCUGUCAUCUGUCUACAUUUAUUAGCAUGAUAUCUAAUGGGGUGGCUGAUCUUAGACCACAACUCUGGCUACAGGUCUGUGCAAAUGUGCGUGUGCAACUUGACCCCAUCUGAAUUCUCCAUAAGCCACACGGUUGCCUAGAAACAUCAGGAGGGCAGCAAAUUUAACUUCCAUAAUAUUAUGCCAAAGGAAAGAAUGACCUCAGGCCCAAACAUACUGUUCCUUUUUUUGGCCUUACAAGGGCAUCUUCACAUUAUUCCAGUCAGAAGUAUGUCCUUGGGGAAGGAAGUUUUCAUAUCUCAUACUCAUGUAUGCAGACGCUCCUGAGGAUAAUUAUGAUUUACUAGACAAAAAAAUUGACCUAAUUUCCAGUGAACUUUUUAUCGAAUGUUUUUACUAUAUCAACUGCUAACAGUAGCUUUAAUUGUAACUGAGGUUUAAGUGGGAAAGUGCCACACUGUUCUCUGCAAAUAAUACAAAAGGAUUUUUCCACUUCUUUUCUGAAUAUCCUUUAAGUUUUUUGCUCAACUGAUAGUUUCUUAAAAAAGUAGGAAAACUCUUUUUUCCGGGUCUGGGUACAGUAUGAGUGACGGAAGUACAAUGGAGCAAAACUGUGGUUCUCCUGUCAAGGUACGCCGUUGAGGGAGAAUAUCACAUGCUAUCUAUGUCACGGUCUGGCUGGCAGACCGUGGGGAGAUGGGGAAAUAGGACCCAAACGCUGGACUCUUCAGUGCAACAGUGUUUAUUUACAAGGUGGUGAAGUAAACAACAAUAAAUCCCCAGUUUCCCAGGCUCCUGUGUAGUGGCUUCUUCCCAAAAGUCCCUGUGUAGUGCUCUCUGCCCCAGUGUCCCUGCUCACUGCUCCUUCUCGUCCCACACUCCUCCUGAGGGGAAAACAAUAGAGGCAGCCGUUACAACUUAUCCCAGCAGGCAGGCAUACACUCACACUUGACUUGACUUGCUUGAAGACUGCCAUAUAGUCAAACGCAAUACUCCAGCGUCGGUGGAAGCUCCAUCGCUCAUCUAAAUAGCUCCCCCGACGAGCCCAGAUGAGGAGCAGGUGUGCGGCCAGUACUUCGGGUGUGGCCAGCCCUCAAGUUAGGCCACGCCCCCCGGGGCUGAAGGUGCCUGUAACUUGGCCACAGCAGAAAGGCGAUACACACACACAUACCUGCCUACAUACAGAUGUGCACAGGGGCAGUGCAGACAACACACCAAAUAAUAAUAAUAAUAAUAACAACAACAACAACAACAACAACAACAAAAACAGUCAUCGUCCCCACUGCCCACGGACCCCGAGUCCCCAGACAAUCUAAACUGAUCUUGUCUGUAGAGGCUGGUGACAGACGCUAAAUGAUAUCCCAAUCGUUCCUGCUCCACAACGGAUUUUUAAGUUACAAAGGCUUGAAUGACACUCUAACACCUUCCAAUUGGUGUCAACUUUCUAAUACUUGUAUUGUGUGUAACUAUCAGUAGUGGAACUGCAGUUUAUAUGUCUGCUAAUUAACCUUUCUAUUGCUUCUAAUUCUCCCAUCUUUUCUUUACAUAUCAUUUAGAAAGAAUCUGCUUAACAUACCCAGUUAACUGUUGGAAACCUUAAAGAUAACUCCUAUUGACUUCUUGUUAGCAUGUUGUAUUAGUACAUAGGCUUGUUUAUUCCUACAGUCAUGUGAUUAGUUGAUUACCUUGAUUACCUUAAUGCUAAAUGCUGUUGCACUGUCCAAAGAUGAAACCACUAUGACAAAAUAUGUUAUGUUCACUUUGGUGAAAUUUAAUGAAGCAAAUCACAUACAAGUUCAGAACAGUGUCAGUACAUCACAUCUGAAUAAUUUGAGUUUGUCUGAUUAAAGAAGUAUUGAAUCAGACAAACUCUCUUUGGUGAGGAGGUUUGUAGCAGAAGUGUUUUUACAGCUCUGUGGCAGCACCUGUAUUGCCCACAACCUAUCACCCAUUUUUCACCAUCCCCACCACUUUCUCAACUCUCUUCACUCUUCACACUGAAUAGCCAUUUUUUGUUAUAAAAAUAUAUGGAAAGUGGAACGGUGCUUCCACUCUGUCCUCCUACACAUUUAUUUCUGACAUCACGGUGUGUCACACUCAAACUUGUGAUGCUCAUGAAGCCCUGUCACCGUCCCCUGAAACAUGUCAGGAUGUUGACACUGUUUUUCUAUCAUUAGCACAGCAACAAUAGCUCUGCUGCAGAAUGGGGUCUUGCGUCUUUAAAGGCAAAUUUCUCUGCUAGCCGUCUCACACCGAUGCUGUGUGUUGCAUGUGUUGUUACAUGCCAAGAACACAGUUGUUGGGGGUCAUGGAGUUAGAUGCGGUAGCUGCUGAAGUUUUCAAACGUGCCUCCCUCUGCGUGAGAUUUGACUGAUGGUGAAAUCAGUAAAGCCGUUUCAUAUUGACAGAGUACAGGGAUGACAAUGCCUAAAGAUGGUGCAGCUGCUUUUCCAGUGAAGUCAAAGAUCAGAAAAACCUGCAGCUCUCUUUGAGCUCAUAGAGCUGUAUACAGUUUCUGCUUGUUGUUUAUAUGUUUUAUGCACAGCAAUACAAAUCUUUUUCAGAAAAAAAGCUCUAAGAUCCCUCUGUACACUAGCAGCUAAUCAAAGUUAGAACAGAGACUGGAGCUAAUUGGUAAACAUAUAGCUAAUCUGCAGCAGUUAGCAGUGUAAGACCUACACAUAUUCUCAUUGCUGGCCGAGAACAAAAUGAUUAGAAAAAUCUGUUAAUAUCAGAUUUAUCUCAUGACACAUUACUCCCACAUUAUUGCUAGGAAGUUGCCUCCAAGUGACCACUCUUGCUGUGUUUGCAGUUUCGAAACGCUAUGGCUUCUAAACACAAAAUGUUUCCACGGUGGUAAAUGUAGGACUUUGGUUUGUCAUCCAUCUCUGUAUGUUUCAGAAGAGACAUUCCUCUUGGUUCUGGCUGUGAGCUUUUCUUUGAACAGUGCUGAAUGGAGGAAUGGUCGCAACAAGGUUGGGCUUUAGGCCAGAAUGCUUGCUGAGAAGGUCAUUCAGAUCUCUUACCCGCAGUUAGCACUGUCAAGGAAUGGCUUUAAUGCUCAUUGUGCUAAACAACUCUCAGGUGUCAGUGGAAGCUUUGUAGUGAAUGAUGCGGGAUGAUAUCAAAGGGGAUGGAUUAAAGUUGUAUCUACUUGAUAUUAAUGACAGUGGAAACCCUAGUUUAUUUUGGUAAGGUAAAACCACAUAAGUAAAUCAAGUACUCAUAAACAGAAAAGCUCUAAAGUUGCUUGUACGAUGAAUAGAUCUUAAAAUCUGGCAUCCAGUUAACUUUAGAAAAGAGAUAAAGUCAAUUUUUCUUCUCUUGGUGCAAUUCAAAUGACACCUCACAUCAUAACAAGUCAAACCAAAUAAACAAAUCCCUACGAGAUGGAACACACACACACAAAGCUCAGUGUAAGCAUACCACUAGAAUCACUCAGGCUUUCACAAAAAUAAAUCCUUCAAGGUAAAGACCAAAGCUGGACUUUAUGGAUCACUUAUGAAUAGCGUGACCAGGUGUCCCUCUGUAUGAACAGCAUUUUUAUCCCUUGUUCCACAUUUUGACUGGCAAGUGCAAGAUGUGCCCUUUUUUUCAGUUAGUUAAUUGUCAGUUAUGGCUCAAAAAAGAUGAUUUUUGAAUGUAUUCCUACUUAAAUCUAACCAGACAGAGCAACAGCAGAAAUAACAGUGACAUAAAUAAAAAUAUAGGAGUAUAUAAAGACUAAUAAACAUGAGACCAUGAGAACAAACUUUCCUUUAUCACAAGAGAGCUGGAAAAGUUAAUUCAACUAAUAUUACUUUGGCCAUUAACAUGUUGAAUGCAAAUUUGGUAAUGUGCACAGUUUGGUGUAUUUUUAUUUUUAAGUUGGACAUGAAAAAUUUCAGCAUUGCUAAGGUUUCCCACGCUGUCCCAGAAGAACAUGCUUCACACGUGGAUUUUUAAAGAAUCCACAUUAAAAAUAGGCGGCUAUGUCAUGCUAAUGUUAUCUGUGGAAUGCCCUGCAUUUAGACUCAGACUGACAUAGAGGACAAGAGGGUUGUGUCUGGAGAGUAAAGUAUGCAGUUUCAAAAUCUGCUUCAUGUAAAAGAAACAAUAGUAAUACUAAUAAUCAUUAUUUAUAGAAUGCUGUGCAAAACAAAUAUACAAGUUUUCUUACAUACUCUACCCCAAAGAGGACAAACUGGAGGAUAAUUUGCAAUUUAUGAGCUGUGAAAUCCUGUCAAAUUAUUUAGACAAGCUUAAAUUACUUAAUAGAUCAUGUGGGAAAUUCUGGUUUUGUGACUGUUGUGAUUCCAGUUUGUAAAGAUCAUUUUCACAGAACAGAGCAGCGCAGGAAGUCAUGACUGAAGCAAUCGGCACCAUUUUCGGUAUACAAACAUACAGUUCCAGUUGUGUUAAACAAGCUAUUGCUGUUCUCUAGCUCCAUAAUUGUUCCAAAAAGUUUUACUCUACUCUGUUGGAUCAGUUUAAGUCAACUGCAGCCAGAUUAUUCUGGCAUAAAUCUCUGUCUGAUUAGCUCAAGAGUUUGAGCAUGGCAUUAUCACUACAUGGAUAAUGAGGUGGGGGGUUUCUUAAUGAACCUUAAAUCUUACUGUAAGAUUUAAAAUAUGUGUAAAAAGAAAAAGAAAAUACAACAAUAUACAUAUAUACAUUAGUAAAUAUUAAAUUAUUGAUAACAAAAUAGUCUAAUGUAGUUAAACUUUGCAAUAUACUUGCUAACUCACCAAAUGCUUAGUUUGCAUCAGACCUUCUCCGUCACCCUUUAUGGAUUUCUCUCUGUCUAAAAACUAGGUCCACUUUAAGCCUGCCCAGUGUGUGUGGGAUAGGAAUGCUGGGCCCAUGGCUGAGCACAGCCAGCUUCCAGUUUGUUCCCACCCAGCCACUCAUACAGUACCCAUCCUGCUCAGUUUUCUUCUCCACAUGACAGCUCUGUGGUGAGACUGUAACCGCUGUCUCCUCCUGUGAACCCAGUCUUCAGCUCAAUGAUAGGACGUGAGCAGGACGGCAUGGCUGACUUGCUGAUACAGAGCAUGUCCACUGUAUUUAAAGACCAGCGUCCAAAAGAAACUCACAUAUUAUAUGCUUUCUUCAGUCUGUGAGUUUCAGAGAGCAGUGGGAGAAGAAGCCAGAGUGUUUAAUCACUGGCAAUUUCAAAACAAAGCCAAGCCAUAAGGAACGGGCUGCACAAUGACGGAUCCCUGAAACAUCAUGGACAUUAAAUUUGGAUUACGCAGCAUGACUCAGUUUGUCCUGAACACAAUCACAUUGAGUCAAGCUGAUCUUGGCCUCUCAAGAUGGUGCUGAGCUGAAGUAAGAUGGCCUCAGGCAGGAUGGCAAGUCCUCAGAGCAGCUCCAGGCAGAGCAGCUCACUCUCUUCAUCUCCAAUGAGUACCCGUGCGCAGUCUCUUCAGGUUGACUCGGUCCAGCGGUGGAUGGAAGACCUCCGUCACAUGACGGAAGUAGAGUGCAUGUGUGUCCUCCAGGCCAAACCCAUCGGGGUAGAGGAGGACUCUCAGCAGGGAGAGCUGAUUGUGGGCUCUGGGGUUAGUGCAGGGGACCACGUGGCUAGAAACAACUUGCAGACGCUCCUUCGCCGAGCUUUGGUGGUCAGCACAGAGCUAGGAAAGAUGUUUCAGCGGCUGGAGAAGGGACGCUGGCAGAGGGUCCACAGCACGGCUGUACGGGCAAACUGCCAUGUUCGCUCACUGGUACAUGAGUACAGUGCAGCUCGAAACACACCGCUGGAGAUGCAGAAGUAUGAGAAGUCUUUGCUGGAAAAGUGUAUGGAGCUGACUAAUAUUACAGAGAGGUGCCUUCACACUGACGAUGAAUUCUUCCUGAAAUCUAUGAGGGAGGCCAUCCAUGAGAUCCUUACAGAUGUCAGUGACUCGUUCAGCAACAUGAUUGACAUGGCAUUAGCCAAUGAGAUCCGGGUUCUGAUCAAGCAGAUUGAAUCAUCGGACAGCCUUCAUACCAUUGGUAGUGCCAUUAGCAACCUGCUGUCCCUAACCCAGGAUGGACCUCAGCUCUGCAGCAUCAUUGCCAAGGAAGGAGCUGUGGUAGCCCUGUUUAAGAUCUGCAGACAGGACCGCUUCAGAGAUCUCUACGCACACGCUUUAAGAACAGUGGCCUCCAUCUGCUGUGUGGAGGAAGGCAUUAACCAACUGGAAAAGGUGGACGGGAUCCUGUGCCUGGCAGACAUCUUGACUGAUGACAGCAGCGUGGAGGCAGCCAGAGCUGAAGCGGCAGCUGUUGUAGCUCAGAUCACUUCGCCUCACCACACAUCCACUCAGCACCUCGCCAGCUUCCUGGAGAGCAUGCACGACAUUGUCACGGCGCUCAUCAAGUUGUGUGAGACCGCAUCCUGUGGGGAAGUGUUCCUCCUGGCGUCGGCUGCCUUGGCCAAUAUCACCUUCUUCGACAGCAUGGCCUGUGAGAUCCUCCUGCAGCUUAAUGCCAUCCACAUCUUACUUCAGGCCUGCAAAGACCGCCAGAGAGUUGACACACCCUACUCCAAAGACCAGGUGGUGACAAUCUUGGCAAACCUGUCUGUCUUAGAGCAAUGCGCAUCUGAAGUCCUGCAAGAACAAGGUAUAGAAAGACUGCUACUGUUGCUGGGAGAAAAACCAUCCUCUUCCAGUCCAUCAGAGGGCGCUGCCUGUGAGCGUGUCCAGCAGAAAGCUGCCGUCACACUGGCCCGACUGAGCAGAGACCCUGAUGUGGCCCAAACAGCUAUCCAGCUCAAAGCUGUUCCUCGCCUUAUUGAGCUGUGUCGCUCCCCUACUGAGAGAAAUAACAGUGACUCUGUGCUGGUGGCUUGCCUGGCUGCUUUGAGGAGGCUGGCAGCAGGCUGUCCAGACAGCAUCGAGGCAGCCGACCACCAGCAGCUGAUCAAACCACGUCUAGUUGACUCUUUCCUGCUGUGUUCCAACAUGGAGGAGAGCUUUGUAUGAUCCCCUGCACACCAAAUCACCGAGAGUGAAGAACUCUCAUUGUCAGUACAAAACCGCGCGUGUUCUGAAGGAGUGUAUCUGUUUCAUGACUACAGCUUUGUUUGAGUCUAAAUUUCUCGUUCAGUUAAUAGGAAAUAGCUGAAUAGAUGCAGAGGACAUAUAAAUGUGUAUAAAUGUGUUGCAUAGUGCAACUCAGUUUUCAGAUUAAAUGCAACAAACAUGUAUGUUGUUUUAGGAAAACGUGGGUCAUUAUUUCAUGUUAUUCCACAGAGAAUUUCAUUAUUUCAUUAAUCAUAACAGUAAGUAUUUGUAUAAGUAGAUGAAACGUUUUGAAAAAAAAUGCAAUGAAAUGCUUUAAAUUUGACCACUGUGCAAUUUUUUUUUACAUUGUUUCUGAAGCGUUUUGACUCUAUAAAAGGUUUCAGAGAAAACUGUCAAUCUGAAAUGUCUAUCAUUUAAGAACUGAGAUUUAGUUUUGGUUUAUUUUUUCCUCAUCUCCUUCAAAUAAUAAACUUUUUCAGUGAGCAACCUUUUUUUAAAAUAACUAAGUAAGUAAAUUAUUACCACUGUCGUGUAUGUUUUUGUUUGCUUUUGUUACAGUCAUGUGAAAAAGAACGUUUUUCUAAGUAAACUAAGCAGCCCUGUAAUUUAAUAGCUUAGUUUAAUAGGAAACAACUCUAGCAGCAAUAACUUAAAGGAUGACUGAAAUAUGAGCUUAUCGGUCUGUCAAAUCAUUGUGGAGGAGUUUUGGUCUAUAGGCAUUUGUUUAUACACAGCUUGCUUAAGGUCCCUCCCACAGUAUUUAAUUUGGGUCGAGGUCUGGACUUUGGGUCACUGCAAGGCCUUGAGCCAUUCCUUUUUGAGCCAUCCUGUUGCUGAUUUGUUGCAGCGCUUGGCAUCAUUGUCCUGUUACAUGAGCCAAUCUUGACCAAGCUGGAGCUGUCAGACAGAGGAGUUUUUGAUCAACUCAGUGAAUACAAGGUCAUUGUUAAUUGAGGAUUAUGGUGAUAAUUACACAUGUAACUAACAGAGAGAAAAAAAAAAAGUCCAUUAAUUAAUUAAGAAACGGGUUAACCGCUAACAGUCAUGGUUAAUUUAUCUUUCAAAGCUCCCAGACAGGCAAUGUAAAGGAACCCAAUUCUCCUAUCUUCAUUGUGUCUUAGUUAAAAGAUGCCAAAAAGAUGCUUUAGCCAGUGCCUUAGUGAAGGUCAUUUUGGUAUUUUUGAAUGCUGUCGCUUAUUGAAUGCUGUAAAAUCUUCUGUUUUGUUACAAAGAAAUAAAUUGUCUUUGGUCAGUGCCUGUUAUGUGCUAUGACAGUACAUGGUAGCACAAGAGUGUAUACCACACAGAAAGAGAGAAAUGUUUUAACCCAGUAGUUCAGAACAGCAGAAUACGUUGUGAAGCACCACAGUCUGUCUUUUCAUCACAUUUUACUGAGGUCAAGAGCAAGAUGUUGUGAAUUUUAGGGCUGUUAAGAGUGCUCUGUAUUUAUAAUAUCUAUCAUUAUAGAAAAUGAAAUCACUAAACAAUAAAUACAAACAAAUGUCUGGUUAA